CAUGAAUAAAAUUAGAGGAAUUAUUAAAAAUAUAGCAACAUUUGUAUAGAAGCCAGCAUAAUAAUAAAUUAUAAGAACUUAAUUUUUUAAGGCCAUAACAAAAAAUCAAGAUAAAAAAGGUCAUGUUUAAAUUUAGAAAUUGAAUUAGUGGGUUUUAAAUAAAUCUUAAAGCUCAAUUACAAUUACAGAAUUAUAAAAUUUACAAUAAAGGGUAUUUAAACAAUCUAUCAGACAUGGUCUAUCAGAAUUAGUUAGAAUAAAUAUUAAUAAAGCAAAUGUUUAGACAGACAUUAAUUAUGCUGGAGAUUAUGAAUCCAAAUUUCUUUAAUCACAUUUGAUUCAUGCCUUAUAAUUAAAUAGAAUUGGAGCAGAUAAUUACUAUUUUAAUCUAGAUGAUUUAUUAACAACUUAAAGUGCAUAUGAAAGAACUUGAUUUUAAUAUGAAGC